GCGAGCGCAACCGGAAACGCUGCUGGACUUAACCAAGACUUAACGGAGACCCUUUACUCCGUCCAGCUGUGACGACGCUCUCUGUGUGUAUUUACAUCUCCUUGUGCAUGUGGAUCAUAAUCUCCACAGCGCUAAUGAAUUACCUCUGAGAUAUUUAACGGGUUGGAGUCGGGUAUUUCUUUUUGUGUGCGUGUGUGUGGGUGCGUGCGUGCGCAACGCACGCGUUUAACGUUUUUUGAACUUUACCGUUUUUUUUCUUCUUUUGCAAGUAUAAGCACCGUUACAUAGACAUUAUUACUCCAACCGAUUUGCAAUGCGUUAUUGAACGACACAGACGGCAACGGAUGACGUUCGGGAAGUUUGAUAGCAUUUUGUGAGCGUGUCUGUGCGUGUAAAACUGCGUGCGCGUGGAUGGACUUGCUGUGUGUCAUAGUCGGCUGUGUGUCGGGCUGAAGGAAAGCACGCGCGCAUUUAAUAAAAAAUAAAAUAAAAAAAGUCUACAACCUGUAAAGGUAGUUAAGUCCGUGCGUGUCUCCACACGUGUUGCGAGCUCCGGAUAUACCAACAACAGCACCCGUGUCUCCAUCCGUGAAGGAAAUGUUUCGACUGGGAAUCCUCCUGAACCUGCUUUUCAUCAGAGGCUCGUUGUCCUCGGUGGUGCCCCUAUUCCCGGGCACGCUGGACUGCGUGCAGGCUGUGCAGGAGUGUAUGGCCCAAGCUGAGUGUGAAAAACUCUAUAGACAGCUGGACUACUGCAUGGACGAGGAAGCUGUGUCACCACUGGGACCCGAAGCCCGACAGGCCUGCGCCGAUGCCCAAAACGCCCUGCUGCACCAUCGGCCCCUGCAGGAGUGCAAGUGCCAGCGUGGAUCACGUAAAGAGGCUCUCUGUCUCCGAGUGUAUUGGACCGUGCGCUUUCCACAGGGGUAUGAUGACAUUGAGACGUCCCCGUACGAGGACAUCGAACUGGAGCUUGUGAGAAAUAGCGAAGGAACAAAACUGGCCUCGAUUGUGGCAGUGUACUCGUUUCCAGUAGACGGACAGAACCAGUGUUUAAAGGCGGCUCAGGACUGUGGGCUGUUCGAGAAGUGUGGCGCCCUUCGCGCAGAAUAUGUGCUGGCGUGCACCAAGCGAGCAGCAGGCUCAGAUCGCUGCAACAGACAAAAGUGCCACCGGGCGCUGCGCAGAUUUCUAGAGCGUGUACCUGAAGAGUACAGCUUUGGUGUGCUGUUCUGCUCCUGCACUGAGACGUUGUGUGGAGAGAGGAGGAGGAAAACCAUUGUCCCAUCAUGUUCAUAUGAGGAGAAAGACACACAACCAAACUGCCUGCACCUGGAGAGCUAUUGCCUCCGUGAUGACCUGUGCAGGUCUAGACUGGCUGAUUUCCAGCAGAACUGCCAGCCCUCCUCUUACACCCCUUCAGGCUGUCUGCGUGAGAGCGGAGCGGUCUGCCUGAAGGCGUACGCCGGACUUAUCGGUACGAUCAUGACACCAAACUACGUGAGUAACAGCAGUAUGGAGGUGUCUCAGUGGUGUAACUGUGAAGGCAGUGGGAAUCAGCUGCAGGAGUGCCUGCGGAUCCUGCACAUGUUCAACAGCAACACUUGCCUGCGUAAUGCCAUAGAGAACAUGGGAAGUGCCAGUCCUCGACCUGUGGAGGGAACACUGCUCCCACCCCCUCGCCCCUCCCCCCACAUUCAACACGACGAGCUAAACGUCAACUUGUUUGAAGACCUCAACUCGGUGGAGGAGAGCGAGGAGGAAAAGAACGAGCCCGAAGAUGAGAUAGAUCCAGUGGACGAGUUCAACGUCAUCCCUCCGUUCCCAGAGAAAGCGACCGUGACCGAUUUGGGUUCGGAAACGGGCAGAGUUCAAGGCCAGGCCUCGUCCCUUUCAGCCUCCCUUUAUCUUCUUCUUCUUCUGCUGCUGCUCGCUACCCUCAGCUGGGGGGGAGAAGAAUUGCUUUUGAUAGAGUGUGGAUGAAAAAAAGAGAGAUAGAAGAGAAGAGAGUUGACAAAAAGAGAGGAGAGGAGAAGAGAGACCCUCCAGCACAAACAUACAGUCAAACAUCUCCAGCUCUUUUUGUCAUCUAAAUCUAUCGCUGACAUUAAUGUUUUUCUUUCUCUCUCUCUCUCUCUCUCUCUCUCUCUCUCUCUCUCUCUCUCUCUCUCUCUCUCUUUUUUUUUUUAUUCCUCCUGUCUUGUGGCUGAACACACCAGAGCAUCUUUCCUUCUCUUCCUGAGGGGCUUUAACAUGGAAGGGUUAUUAAAAACCCCCGUUUUGUCCUCACCCCUUCUAUUGUGCUAGUUCACGUGGAUCUAAUAGUGAUGGUGAAGAGGUGAAGCUUCUGCCGGGUCUCAAUGUUCUUGAUGCUUUUCAGAGGAAGCGCCUCAGAUUUCACCACGUACACGUCUGAACAAUGACCUCCCCAAAUUGGUCUAUUAUGUAGUGUGAAUGGAAUAAGCAGACCGUCGAUCGAACCGCUGUUCAGCCUCACGGCCGAAGGUCAGCCAGCCCUCGUGGCUUGUCUUUUUUUUCUAUUUCUUUUCUUUUUUUUAAAUAUUGAAUUUAAGUGACAAAUUAAAUUGUCAGCGAAAAAAAAAAUAAUGGCGUUUAGGAGUUAAGGUGAAUAAACACAUCACACUUCUACAUUACUUGUGUUAAAAAAAAGAAAGAAAGUGCUACAGGACAUAGAGACAAGUUAAUAUUAUUGGGCAAGUAAUCAUUUCUGUCAUGAUUCAGCAAUUUCUGUUCGUCUAGAGAUGAAGAAAAAAGAAAAAAGGCUGCAAAACUAUCAAGGCUCUGCAAAAGGCCAUUGUGGAGAUUAAUUAACAUACAUUCUUUGAUCCAGAACCACAGUCUUAUACAUGACAGAAAGGAAGAAAGAGACAGAUUUCUUGUGAUGUAAAUUUUUUGUUCAUGACUUCACAUAUUAUUAUUAUUAUUAUUAUUAUUAUUAUUAUUCACCAGAUCAGGGCUGGGUUAUAUCUAAACCUACAAUAAAACAGUUCCUGAUAUGGUCAAACAGACAUGUAUAUAUAGUGCAGUAUGAAAUUUUGAAGCAACUUCACACAAAAUAAAUGAUUUAACACCAAAAUGAGAAAGAAAUCAAGUGGAAAAAAAAGGAAACAUUUAGUUGUUUACUUGCUACUUAAACAGUAACAGUGCAGUUAGUUGUUGCAAUAUCUCAGGAACAGCUAAAGAUUUCUUUUGUGAAAAAUCAUCAUCAUCAUCAUCAUCAUCAUCAUCAUCAUCAUCAUCAACAUCAUCUCAGAGGGGGACAGUGGAAUAGUGAUUUGCAAGUUUGUCUCUGUAGUUGUGGGUUGGAUUCCCUUCAAUGAUGUGUGUGUGUAUGUACAGUAUGUGUAUGCAUGUGUGUGUGUGCGUAUGUGUGUGUGUUUGUGUAUGUGUGGGUAUGUAUAUGUGAAUGAAUAUGUGUGUGUAUGUAUGAGUGUGUGUGUGUGUGUGUGUGUGUAUGUGUGUGUUUCUCUGUGUAUGUGAACGAAUGUAUAUGUGUGUAUGUAUGUGGGUGGGUGUGUGUAUGUAUGUAUGUGUGUGUAUAUGUGAAUGAAUAUAUGUGUGUGGGUGUGUGUAUUUAUGUGCGUGUGUACUGUAUGUGAAUGAACAUAUGUGUGUGUGUGUUUGUGCGGUGUGUUUGUGUCUGUUUCCUCUGUGUACUCCUGUUUCCUUUCCUAGUCCAAAGACAUGCCUUGAAGGCUGCUUAGCAUCUUUAAAUUGUCCGUAGUGUGUGAGCAUGUGUGUGAUUGUAGCCUCUUCAGUGUGUCUCCCCACCUUGUGCCCCAAGUCUCCUGAGAUACACUGUAAGCUCCAGGCUCCCUGCGACCUGCUGUUUAGGGUAAACAGUACAGAAAACAGAUGCAUCGUCAUUUUGCUCAGCCUUGAUCCAAAACUAUUAGACAACAAGAAACAGAAACGCUCCCCUUUACAGAAACGUCUAAAAGUACAAUCUGUUUUUUUUUUUUUAAAUAAACGUGACUCGAGCAGAUCGUGUUCACGUAGCAACCUAAAUUACUGUCAUAUUUACAAUCAUUCUCUUCAUUCAGUAUUUACUAUUUCCACAAACCUUAUAAUAAAGAAAUAAAUUCAACGAAUCACUUUAUAAAUAAUUGGUAUGUUUAAAAAAAUCGGGCUUUAUCUCUGUGUAUUGCAGAAAUAUAUUCUAAAAUAUAUUAAUAUAUCGAGUGAUUGAUCAGAAUUUAUUUGGGCUUAUAUUCUUUACACGUCGAUAUUGUAUAAAACUAAAAAAAAAAAAAAAGAAUCCC